AUGAGCUCACUAGAUAGGGACAAUUAUUAUCAGCAGAAUCAACAGCAGCAACAGCAUGUAGAACCAGAAUUCAAUUUAUUUGGAAAUUCACGUAAUAGUAAACCAAAGACAACCACCACCAUUGGCAACAACAACAACAGCAACAGCGACAACAACGGCAUAUUCACGAAGGCUACGCCAGGCGCUUGGAGUUUUAACAACUCCCCAAUAGACCCAUCAGCAAACCAUUCCACUCAUGCAUCGCCUUUUGACUUGAAACCAAAUGGGAACCUGCUGCUGUUCAACUCGUCAUUUUCAACUAGCGCAAGGCCGUCCAGGACCAGCGGCGGGAACUUGCUCAAUUCAUGGACUAGAGACAGGAUAGGACAAACUGCGUCGGCUGCCAACUCUUUCCGUCCUUUCAAGGACUUGCCUGACCACUCAUCGUCAUCAUCAUCAAAGUUAAACAACCUCGUUCCGCCUUCGAGGAACUUGGUGAUUGAUGAUGCAUCGACAAAGCCCAAUUUAUUCGAUUUACAACCAGAUAGUAAUGGUGGUGUUGGUGGUGCAAAGAUGACGAAGCAAGAGGUGGUCAAGCCUCAAGAGCAGCAAAGACCAUGGUCAAGAUUGGGACAAUUGUUUAGUUUGUUUUCCAAGAAGGAUGACAAAGAGAAGAAGAAGAAUAAAAAAGACGGCACGACGAGGAGUAAAGUGAGCUAUCACACUCCAAAUACAAUCACACCGCGAGGCUUGUCUACUCCUUCGUAUAAAGCAGUUGAUAUCAGGCGUACUGGCCAUAUGAAACGGCUUGUCUUGAAAUCCAAACCUGUAAAAUAUCAUCUUAUCGAUGUCAAUAAAGUUCUCAGUUCUAGGAGAAACAAAGUUGUAACAUACACAAAGUCUGCAGAGCAUCUAUUGAAGAAUGAAGAUAGUGAUAUUGAUAUUGACGAUGAUGAUGAUGAUGAUGAUGAUCAUGACGAAAUUGAGAAUGUAAAGGAAGAGAGUCAACGAAAGGUUUUCUCAAAACAGACCUUUGAUGUGCCGGACAUCAAAGGAAAGAAAGAUAAAGGGAAGGAGGAGGAGACGAUGGUAGAACCCAAAAAAGGACAAGAGACGGAUUUUGAACUGAGGGUUAGUGAUGCCGGGUACUGGACUUCACCCCUGAUUGAGGAGCUUGCGGGCUUGAGCGAGAAUGAGCUUUCUAAUGUGGAGAAUUUCAUUAUUGGAAGAGUUAAAUAUGGACAAAUUGCAUAUGAUUAUCCCGUUGACUUGAGCAAAGUUAAGCGUGAAGCUGAAUUAAAAAACAUACCGUUUCUGGAGCAGUUGUUUGAAAACACGGUGCAAUUCCAACCACAGACGAUAUUGACGUACAAGAACGAAACGCACAAGCCCAGUUUGGGCACCGAGUUGAAUGUCCCUGCAACCAUUACUUUAGAAGGAAUCGUCAAUGGGAAACCAAGCCUUCAUGAGCAAAUUGAGUUUUUAAAAAGCCAAACUGGUAUGGAAUAUAUUUCGUACAAUCCAAAGACUUUGACAUGGGUGUUUAGAGUCAAACAUUUUAGUAUAUGGGGAUUAGUGGAUGCAGAUGACGAGAAGCAAAAAGAUUUGGUGACACUCAAGAGGAAGCAGGAUGCCAAGGAGGCGGAGGCGUUGUUGGAGUACUCUAGAAUAUACGAAAGUGAAGACAUCAACCAGGAAUUGAAAAAGCAGAAACUAAAUGAAGAUGCAAAAAUUGUGCCUGGUGGAUGGAAGUAUCCUACAACGUCAGUGGUAGGUAAUGACAUUUUAGACCUUAAGCGAGAAUUGGUCAACCGUGAGAUUGAACAAGAAUUGAGCCGGUUCAGUGACAGUGAAGCAGUUGAUCUUAGCGGCAAAGUUGAUGGCAUCAACAUUGAUGAUUCAGACGUGGGAGAAGAACCAGAAGAAGAGGAAGAUGUCGAAGAGACAAAAAUCAAUGUGUACGAGCCCAUUAUUGAAGAUGAGUCGGUUUUCAACAAGAUCAGAAAUGACUUGGUUGUUUCUACUGCUAGCAAUUGGUUGCUACAAUUGGAAUUGGCAAACCAAUUUGAUUCUGCCUUUUCGCCGUUGGCAGUGGAGGCAGACCAGAGCAAGGAAAAGUUGACUUUUUCCAAAGUGGAUGACAUUCUUUUCUCCGACUUCAACAACAAACCCAGACAAGUUAGCAACCUGGAACUAUUUGCUCCUGUCUUUGAAGCUGCCGAUGAUGAGCAAGCUUUGUUUGACGAUGGCAUUUUGCUUUUGUUUGAGAAAAUACUCGGCAAUUGUGCGUCGUUGAGCACAACUAGAAAGAACGGUAUUCCCAAGUUGGCCCCUAAAGCGGACUUGACCUUUGCCGAGCUUCAGCCUCUGGCUGGUCUGGCUGGCGCAGACGACAUGCAAAUUGAUCUAGCCUCGAUUCUUUUUGACGACAAUGGCCCACCAUCCAAAAAAAAUGAGCAGCAGCAGCAGCAGCAGUUGCACAAGUUUGCCCAAUGGCUCAAGCAAUAUAACCAAUUCAGCGUCAGUGACCUUCUAAAAAGGCACAAGUUUGACUAUCUAGAAUGUGCCUUGGUCUGUCUAGUGACCAAUGACACCGUGAGGGCAAUUGAGUUUGCCCUAAAGUCAGGAAGCGAGCAUCUUGCCGUGAUUCUAACUUUGGCCAAUGCUAGGAGUCUGGUUGUUGAGAAAUCAGCUAGGGAGCAACUACAGAAAUGGAAACAGAUUGAUUCCAAACUUGUUCCCAGUGCCAUUGUGAAAAUAUACCAGAUCUUGGCUCGCGAUUUGACCAGUUUGUCACAGAAACUACCCUGGAACUUAGCCAUUGGCUUGAACUUGUUCUUUGGCGACUUCACAGAUUUGAAAUCCUUGGUAAGCGAGUUUGAAGCUGUAUUACCGGGAAAGGAUGCCGUUGCAGAGAUGUUGAAGAUUUUUAUUUCAAACGAGUUUCAAGUGGCAAAAUUGCUGCAAUCUGCAUUGCCUAUGAAAAUGCAAUGGUUGCUUUGCUUGGUUUUGGCGAAACUGGACUAUGACAAUAUCACUAGAGCGUUUGGAUCACAGUUGGAGUCUAGUGGAUUCUGGAUCGAGUCAUUAGUGGUCUACUCUAGCAUGGCCAACGAUGAGCAAGCUCACCAGCAUAUAAAAGGUGUGCUCAUCAAAAAGAUUGGCCAAGUGCACCAACUCACCAAUGUCGAAGAAAAGUAUUUGGUUGAUAACUUGAAAGUUCCUCAAUCGUUGAUUUACGAAGCCAUGGCUAUUGAGAGACGCAAACGACGAGAUUACUGGGGCGAAGCGGAUUUGCUCAUACUCAAUAGCAAGUGGGAAGACGUCCACAACACCAUUGUAACUGAAUUGGGGCCCGAUGCUGCAAUCUCGUGCUCGAGCUGGGAUAUAAACAAGCUAACAGCGGUUUUCCACAAGAUUCCCGAAAACGGAUUGAUUGUAUCGCAGUGGAACAAAGGUGCUGGGAUAUAUGAAAACUUCUUUGCCUUGAGAAGGAACAACAAGGACUCCGAGGUGAUUAAUUUUUUGAUCGACCACUUGCCACUCACUACCCCAAAAUCAAAGAAGGAGAAGCUUGCUUUGAACUUGGUUGGUAAAUUCGUGGGUGACUUGGCUUUAGAGAAUGACAAAAUCGGAGACCCGAAACGGAAAAAGAUUUUGGAGUUUCCACUUGACGAAGUGAAUAGAAGUUACUUCAGCUUGAGAUUGAACCAAGCCAGGAAGUAA